AUGAGCGCCAUCACCCUUACCAGCUCCGAUGGAGUGGAUAUCUCUGUUGAGCGUACCACUGCUGAGCGCUCCGUCUUGAUCAAGAACAUGCUUGAGGAUCUUGGCGACUCUGGAGAGGCUAUUCCCAUCCCCAACGUUAACGAGGCCGUUCUCAAGAAGGUCAUCGAGUGGUGCGAACACCACAAGAAUGACCCUCCCAGCGCCAGCGAUGACGACGACAACCGUCGCAAGACCACCGACAUUGAUGAGUGGGAUCAGAAGUUCAUGCAGGUGGAUCAGGAGAUGCUCUUCGAGAUCAUCCUCGCCGCCAACUACUUGGAUAUUAAGGCUCUCCUUGACGUCGGCUGCAAGACCGUCGCCAACAUGAUCAAGGGCAAGUCCCCAGAGGAGAUCCGCAAGACCUUCAACAUUCAAAACGACUUCACUCCCGAGGAGGAAGAUCAGAUCCGCCGCGAGAACGAGUGGGCUGAGGAGUAA